UGUUGACAUUAUGGGAAGCCUCUUUCAUUCGCGACCUCCUCCGUGCAUGCACACUUAACGGAUUUCGCUGUCAUCGUAGUCGUUUUUAAACGCACAUGCUGUUUGUCGACCGACCGGUAACGGACAUAUGCUGCUAUGAGUGCUUUGUGUCGCCUGAUCCAGAGAGGACUGCUGAGUUGCCGGCCGUCGUGUCGUUUAUUCCCCGGACAGCAGGAUGUGUGCGGGGUGGCUCCCGGUGUCCGUACAGCCAGCUCAUCCAGCCCAGUCAACUUGACCUAUGAUGUCUUCGAUGGGAAGGGAGAGAGCACUCCCCUGGUGUUUCUCCACGGCCUUUUUGGCAGCAAAUCUAACUUUCACUCAAUUGCGAAGUCCUUGGUGCAGCGCACAGGCCGAAAGGUGCUCACUGUAGAUGCCCGUAACCAUGGCAGCAGCCCUCACAGCUCAGAGCUGACGUAUGAAGCGAUGACCGAUGAUUUGAAACACCUCCUCGCCCAGCUGCACAUUGAGAAGUGCGUCCUCGUCGGCCACAGCAUGGGAGGGAAAACAGCCAUGACGACCGCCCUGACGCAGUCUGGUUUAGUGGAGAGGCUGGUGGUAGUGGACAUCAGUCCAGCCCAGACCACCACACGCACCAACUUCCGCUCUUACAUCCAGGCCAUGCAGAAGCUGAAGAUCUCCAGUGACAUCCCACGUUCCACUGCCAGGCGAAUGGCUGAGGAUCAGCUGCGCAGUUUGGUCAAGGAGCGCUCGGUGCGUCAGUUCCUGCUGACUAACCUAGUGGAGCACAAUGGCCACUAUGCCUGGAGGGUCAACCUGGCGGCCAUCUCGGCGCACCUUGAUGACAUCAUGAGCUUCCCCAACUUUAACACUGUCUAUGAUGGACCUACACUGUUUCUGGGUGGAGCCAGUUCUGCUUAUAUCAGCUCCGACGAUUACCCAGAAAUCCAGAGGCUGUUCCCUAACGCUGACAUCCAGUACAUCCCAGACGCAAGUCACUGGAUCCAUGCAGAUAAACCCUUAGAUUUCAUCAGCUCCAUCAUCUCCUUUCUCCAGUCCUAGCUGCCUCCUGCCUACGCCUCAGAACUUUUCAAUCGUCGGCACCCUUGAGCAUGCCCUCACCGAAAAUGACGGUUUGUAUUCAGCAGCUUCAGCGAGAGCAAGUGGAGACAUUAAUGAUGCUAAUAUUUGACAACAGUGGACCAAACUUACCCUUUUACAGCAGUCAGUCCUUUUAACAAUAUUAGUGUAGUUUAGCGUAGGUAAACUUUUGUUUAGUCUCUCUGCCAUACAGGUAGUGUCACUAGAUGGGCUGGUUUCUCAAUAUGUUUUCAUUGAUUUUUACGUCGGUAAGUAGACAAUAUAUAACAUAACGGGGUUGUUUUGGAGGUCAUGUACUAAUCCAAAGAAACUCCUCUGCACAGUGCUUUCUUUACCUUGAAACGUCUAUGCCAGUAUAAAGUUUUUAUCUGGGCUGAAGUGUACCAGCAGUAAGAUGGUUGGAUAUGGAAGGUUUGACAGCACUGGAAUGAAACAAAUACUGUAUAUCUGAAAAGCUGAGUGAAGAAAUAGUUGUUUCUUAGCACAAGGGAGUUUGGUAUUGUGUCAGGAGGUUCAAUCUCUGCAAAAAGUCUGUAAUGCAGACUUCAUGUGUACAGAUGGUUUGUUGUAGUUAUUUUAUUGUUGACCAUAGUGAUAUAUUCAAUAUUUUGGGCUGGAACUUAAUUUCUCAUGUCCUCUCCUCUGUGUAUCUGCUGUAUGUCAGAGAUGAGGAUUUACAGGUCAGUGACUUUGUCACAACUCGAGGUCAUCGAGAGCGCUGGUUAUAUUUUUAUGCCAACAUAAUCAUCUAUGAAAACCAAGCUGAACCACUCAAAUGCAACAUCUCAGACCCCAUUUUUACCUGGUAUUAAAAUCUGAUCUGAGUGAUCUGAUCACAAGUGAACAGCUCUAAGUAAAGGUGGGAUCUGAUCUGAUCACUCAGGCCACAUUGGGAGGCAGUUUAGGCCACAUGUGACCACAUUCUUUUAAGCAGCGUGUAUGCUUAUGUGUCCUAGGACACAUUAAGGACCGCCUACUCAACUGUGAGUGGAACUACGUACUCAUUUAAAGUAUUUCUCAUGUCACAGAAACUGAGAGUGAAUUGUGUGUUUUGAAUGUUAUACUGUUGGUGAUGUGAUGUGUUGCUGUUUUUGUUAAGGUGCUGCUUGAUCUUAUGUUGAGCUCUGUGCCCUGCGAUUGUCUGGAAAGUCUGGUAUACAAUAACCUUCAUAAAACAUCCCCGAAUUCAAGAAUAUGUAGGAUAUUACUACAGUAAUUUCUGUUUUUACGUCGCAACUUCUUCUUUUGUUAUUUAGAAGUGUGAGUGCCUAAAGCAGCGCCUGCGAAACGGUGGAACGGUUUAAUUUCCUAUAAAUUCUUCACAAUAAAAGAUGACGAAGUGAUUGGAUUACUCAGAUUAGAUUUUAAUACCAGGUGGAAAUGCGGCCUCAGGUUACAAUUAGAAAUGCUAAUUAUGAAACACAUAGUAUUCUCCUGUCUGUCUGGCGUAAGCCGUGGUAAUGUUGUGUCUUUGUAUUUGGUCAGUCCAAUCUGUGUUUUGAUGGAUCAUGUUUUACCGAUUUAUUAUCCGUAUCUCACUUAUCUCUAGGACUAAGGUGCAAGGCUAUAUAGGUAUCUCACAAAUAUAUGCUGCAGCAAUGUAUGUUGUUAUUGAAUCGUAAUAGUGUUAAUAUUAUUUCGGUUUCCAUGGGUUUGAGCAGUACAGUACAGUAGUGAAACUGCCAUCUGUAUGAAUAAGCAGUGUUGUAAAUGUGUGCCUCUUCUGUCAAACUCCUUUUUUCCAUUUCUGUAAAACUUGAUAAUGAAAAUUUAAAAAUAUAUACAUAUAUAUUCUAAAAUAAUAACUAGCAGACUUUAGAUUGGCAGCUGGGUUGCCAGUUCUGUGUGAAUCUUCUCACAAGGAAGCUUAACAGAUGAGGGUGUAUCCUUUCAUAGCACUAGAUGUUUACAACAAUCAAUGUUUUAUGUUUGUUUGAUGUGAAUACAGAAGUCUAAAAGGCUUUAAAUUAUCAGAAUUUAGUUGAGUCAAACACUCCCUAUUUUGUUCUUUUUAUAACGCUUCAGUUAGUGGAGAAGCUCCCACUCGUCCUCAACCACAGGACCGAUUUGUCUCGUUGCACAAUAUGAAGAGCGAGAUUGUUGGGGUGUUGUUGGAUUGCAGGCCCUUCUUCCGCUGCUGUAGUGUUUAAAUUGAGACAAGAAUCUCUCAAAGGAGGGGAACUCUGUGUCAACAAUAUAGAACAGUGAAUUUAUUCAAUCACAUUGAAAAUCUGUUAGACCAAUUAUCUGUUCAGGAUUGUUUAUUGUUUCACUAUGAGCAUGCCUUUUCUCUUGUCAUCAGGUGUAACUUUGCUGUGCUAUAUUCAUCUCAAUUUGUUGAAAACGUUGCCAGUCCAGAUAAUGGCAUAUAUACAUUAAUGUGGGCAAGAAGCAUAUAGGAGUGGAUUAUAUAUUAUUGAAAAUGUACAAACUGAUAUUCUACAAUAAAAUUACAAAUCUG